AUGGAGAGCAACGAGCAUGCUCCAAUGUCAUCGGCCUCACAAGACACAACAACAGGCAGCUCAGAGGGUCCUAAGGGCAGCUAUGCAUUCCUUGUUCAUUCUCAGGACUCUGUGGGUCAGAUUACGCCUCCACAAAUUGAGGAUCAGCGUCUUGCUCGGCAGAAGCGCCGCCGUACAAGCCCUGAAGAUCAUGCAAUCCUCGAAGCCGAGUACGAGCGUAACUCCAAGCCUGAUAAAGCUGCAAGAGUUAAUAUUGUCAACCGGGUCUCCCUUGGAGAGAAGGAGGUACAGAUUUGGUUCCAGAACCGUCGUCAAAUGACGCGUCGCAAGUCGAGGCCACUGCUGCCACACGAGGUCUUCUCUAACCUUCAGUCGAGCCAAGAGGAUGCUGGACACGCAAGUUCCUCGAGCUUGUCUGCAAACGAAAGCAGUGAGCAGCAGCACUCUUCGAGUCAAAGCACUGCCUUCCCCAGCCAGUCAACGGUGCAGAGUCUCCAUACCACGUGGCAAGUCAAGGCACCGGUAGACGCGGUUGUCAACGAGUCAGCAACUCUCCCGGAGAUAGGAGGAAGCUUAGGAGGCAACGAUGUGGCACGAGGCCCAGGAAACAUUUCUGAAGGUUCUGCGAAGCCUUCGUACACGUCAGCCUCCUUCGACAACAAAGACGACAAUGGUCAAGCUUCGAUCACAAGUCUGAUCCGGUCUUUAUCCCAGACAGCUUCAACUAAACGACGCCCUGGCUAUCUCGCGAACCGCCGCAGUGCUUCCUUUGUGAUCCAUGACGAAAGCAGGAAUGGCCUCUCUCCAUCGUCGCUGGCAUCUAGCCUACCUUCGAUUGGACCAGCAAAAGGCGCCAGCGAUGUCUCAGGAUCUGCACAGACCCUCAAACGAGCCUCAUCGCAUGUGAGAUUGUCGAUGUCACUCGAUGGAAAAGCCGAAGUCACCACCCGCACAGGGAAUACACCAUCUCCUCCACGCUCUCAGCCCGUACCAACAGCUAUCAAUCCAGUCCCUCGACCGAAGACUAGCCUCCAACGCAGCUACAGUGCUCUUGAACCUGGCAACAAAUCCGUUCCCAACAAAUCUGUUUCUGACGUCGUCCCUGUUCUAUACACCAGGCGAUCGAUGACUGGGAGGUCGCGAGAUGCUAGAACCUGGGAAUUCUACUGCGACAGCGAUGCUCGCAACGCAUUGACAGAACAAGCCGAACGCGAAGAAAGCGGAUCGGCCACAGCGGCCAUUGGAUUGAUUAGAUCACAAAGUAACAACAACAAAGUCAUGACUCCCAACCCCAACAAGCGCAAUGCCCACUCCCAGAAGCCUGACUCAACCAAGAGAUUGAAAGCAGACGUUCAAAGGACCGACAAACCAAAACUUGCUCGCGCCAUUUCCUCGGUUGCUAGACUGCAGACCGCCAACAGCAGUGGGCAGACACAGAAGGCUAUGAAGGAGGGAGAGAAGAAGUUGAAAGGAGCCUCGCAGUCAGCGAUGUGGCAAGAGUAUGAAGACGACUCGGACAAAGAGAAUUGGGAACCCGGCACUCAGUCCAGCAACCCUCGAAGGCGCAGACCUAGACAUUCUCACCAGGCUGUUUGUAUCUUGGAAGAGAGCUUCCGGGUUCCCAGCCAGUCCUCUAGCCUAGACGCUAUGAUGAACGGUGAGAGCACCACAUCUCGCCGCUCCAAUACGAAGAGCUCCAGCAGCGCAGAGAAGGAAAAUAGUGGCCCCGAAGUGGAUGAUGAGAUUGCAGCUUUCAUGGACGAAUCCGGACCGCGUGGAGUGGAGGACCUGGACUGUGUACAGAAUCUGUUGUCGCUGAGUCAGGCCGCAUGGCAGUGA